AUGGGGACCGUCGCGGGGGUUGUUUCCGUUGGCGCCCAAAGUUGCAAACUGCAACUGGGGAGAGUUGCUCUAGCAGCAGCUUCUCCCUCCAAAGCGAGCAAAGUAUCUUCUGGUGCCGUUAAAGAGGGCAGUAACAGCCCUUUACUUGAUGAAUCCGGCAGGUCUAACGCAAAGGCGCGGGUGUCGGCAGCAGGAGGACCUCGAGUUGUCUCGAGGGAGAAAAUCACAAAAAAAGAAAUUCUUGGCCUCUUAGGAGGAGUUGCUGUCGUCUUUAUCUUCUUAUUUAUUGGCCUUUUUAUCCGACGACGCAUGCACAAAGAAGAUGCCAAAGUUGCACAUGACGUGGUUCGUUCCCAUCAAUUCCCUCUCUUACCUCCCCCGGAGUUGGAUUAUGCGUCAUUUAUGGAUGUUUUUACCGUGUGA